GGGCUGGCGGCCGCGGGAGCUUUACACUCGCGAGCGGCCGGUCACACAGCUCGGGUGCCCGCCGCGCUCCCGCCCCAGCGCUCCUGUGGCGGCCGUACAAUCCUCGGCAGUGUCCUGAGACUGUAUGGUCAGCUCAGCCCGGCCUCCGACUCCUUCCUACUCCCAGCAUUCGAGCCACUUUUUUUUCUUGAAAACUCGGAAAAGUGACUCCUUUUUGAAGGAAAAAGGAACUUGGGUUUCCUUCUCGCCGUCCUCUUUUCGGGACUGACAGCCUCCACCCACUCCUUCCCCGGACCCCGCCUCCGCGCGCAGGUUCCUCCCCGUCACCUUUCUCCACCCCCGCCCCCGCACCUAGCCCGCCGCGCGCCACCUUCCACCUGACUGCGCGGGGUGCUCGGGACCUGCGCACACCUCGGACCUUCACCACCCGCCCGGGCCGCGGGAGCGGACGAGGGCCACAGCUCCCACCCGCCAGGGAGCCCAGGUGCUCGGCGUCUGAACCUCCCAAAGGCCCACAGUGACAAUGACAGCUGACAAGGAGAAGAAAAGGAGUACUUCGGAAAGGAGGAAGGAGAAGUCCCGGGAUGCUGCGAGGUGCCGACGGAGCAAGGAGACGGAGGUGUUCUAUGAGCUGGCCCAUGAGCUGCCUCUGCCCCACAGCGUGAGCUCCCAUCUGGACAAGGCCUCCAUCAUGCGGCUGGCAAUCAGCUUCCUGCGAACACACAAGCUCCUCUCCUCAGUUUGCUCUGAAAACGAGUCUGAAGCCGAAGCUGACCAGCAGAUGGACAACUUGUACCUGAAAGCUUUGGAGGGUUUCAUUGCUGUGGUGACCCAAGAUGGUGACAUGAUCUUUCUGUCAGAAAACAUCAGCAAGUUCAUGGGACUCACACAGGUGGAGCUAACAGGACAUAGCAUCUUCGACUUCACUCAUCCCUGUGACCAUGAGGAGAUUCGUGAGAACCUGAGUCUCAAAAACGGAUCUGGUUUUGGGAAAAAAAGCAAAGACAUGUCCACAGAGCGGGACUUCUUCAUGAGGAUGAAGUGCACAGUCACCAACAGAGGCCGAACUGUCAACCUCAAGUCAGCCACCUGGAAGGUCUUGCACUGCACGGGCCAGGUGAAAGUCUACAACAACUGCCCUCCUCACAGCAGUCUGUGUGGCUACAAAGAGCCCCUGCUGUCCUGCCUCAUCAUCAUGUGUGAGCCGAUUCAGCACCCAUCCCACAUGGACAUCCCCCUGGACAGCAAGACCUUCCUGAGCCGCCACAGCAUGGACAUGAAGUUCACCUACUGUGAUGACAGAAUCACAGAACUGAUUGGUUACCACCCUGAGGAACUGCUCGGCCGCUCAGCCUAUGAAUUCUACCAUGCGCUAGACUCCGAGAACAUGACCAAGAGUCACCAGAACUUGUGCACUAAGGGUCAGGUGGUAAGUGGCCAGUACCGGAUGCUCGCAAAGCAUGGGGGCUACGUGUGGCUGGAGACCCAAGGGACGGUCAUCUACAACCCUCGCAACCUGCAGCCCCAGUGCAUCAUGUGUGUCAACUAUGUCCUGAGUGAGAUUGAGAAGAAUGACGUGGUAUUCUCCAUGGACCAGACGGAAUCCCUGUUCAAGCCCCACCUGAUAGCCAUGAACAGCAUCUUUGACAGCAGUGGCAAGGGAGCUGUGUCUGAGAAGAGUAACUUCCUGUUCACCAAGCUAAAGGAGGAGCCCGAGGAGCUGGCCCAGCUGGCCCCCACGCCAGGAGACGCCAUCAUCUCUCUGGAUUUUGGGAAUCAGAACUUUGAGGAGUCCUCAACCUAUGGCAAGGCCAUCUUGCCCCCAAGCCAGCCAUGGGCCACAGAACUGAGGAGCACCCAGAGCGAGGCUGGGAGCCUGCCUGCCUUCACCGUGCCCCAGGCAGCCGCCACAGGCAGCACCACCCCCAGUGCCACAAGCAGCAGCAGCUGCUCCACGCCCAACAGCCCUGAAGACUAUUACACCUCUCUGGAUAACGACCUGAAAAUUGAAGUGAUUGAGAAGCUCUUUGCCAUGGACACAGAGGCCAAGGACCAAUGCAGCACCCAGACGGAUUUCAAUGAGCUGGACUUGGAGACACUGGCACCCUACAUCCCUAUGGACGGGGAAGACUUCCAGCUAAGCCCCAUCUGCCCGGAGGAGCGGCUUUUGCCAGAGAACCCACAGUCCACCCCCCAGAACUGCUUCAGUGCCAUGACAAACAUCUUCCAGCCACUGGCCCCUGUAGCCUCGCACAGUCCCUUCCUCCUGGACAAGUUUCAGCAGCAGCUGGAGAGCAAGAAGACAGAGCCCGAGCACCGGCCCAUGUCCUCCAUCUUCUUUGAUGCAGGAAGCAAAGCAUCCCUGCCACCAUGCUGUGGCCAGGCCAGCACCCCUCUCUCUUCCAUGGGGGGCAGAUCCAACACCCAGUGGCCCCCAGAUCCACCAUUACAUUUUGGGCCCAUGAAGUGGGCUGUUGGUGAUCAGCACACAGAGUUCUUGGGAGCAGCGACGUUGGGGCCCCCUGUCUCCCCGCCCCAUGUCUCCACAUUCAAGACAAGGUCUGCAAAGGGUUUCGGGGCUCGAGGCCCAGAUAUGCUGAGCCCAGCCAUGGUAGCCCUCUCCAACAAGCUGAAGCUGAAGCGACAGCUGGAAUAUGAAGAGCAAGCCUUUCAGGACCUGAGUGGGGGGGACCCACCCGGUGGCAACACUUCACAUUUGAUGUGGAAACGGAUGAAGAACCUCAGGGGCGGGAGCUGCCCUUUGAUGCCGGACAAGCCACUGAGUGCAAAUGUCCCCAAUGAUAAGUUCAUCCAAAACCCCAUGAGGGGCCUGGGCCAGCCCCUGAGACACCUGCCGCCACCACAGCCCCCAUCUGCCAUCAGCCCUGGGGAGAACAGCAAGAGCAGGUUCCCCCCACAGUGCUAUGCCACCCAGUACCAGGACUACAGCCUGUCAUCAGCUCACAAGGUGUCAGGCAUGGCAAGCCGUCUUCUCGGGCCCUCAUUUGAGUCCUACCUGCUGCCCGAACUGACCAGAUAUGACUGUGAGGUGAACGUGCCCGUGCUGGGAAGCUCCACGCUCCUGCAAGGAGGGGACCUCCUCAGAGCCCUGGACCAGGCCACCUGAGCCAGGCCCUCUACCUGGGCAGCACCUCUGCUGCCGCCGUCCCACCAGCUUCACUCUCUCCAUCUGUUUUUGCAACUAGGUAUUUCUAACGCCAGCACACUAUUUACAGAUGAACUUACCUGGCAAACUUGCCCAGGUCACCAAGCAGUGGCCUUUUUCUGAGAUGCUCACUUUAUUAUCUAUAUUUUUAAAGUACAUAAUUGUUUUACCUGUUUCGAAAUGUUCUUAAACUUUGUAAGAUUUUUUUCUCUCUACCUUCAAUUCCUUCUAAUUUAUAUUAUCUAUAGGUUUCUCUGCCUCGCUGCCCUCCUCACACACAGCUGUCCAUACUAACAAGUUUGGUGCAUGUCUGUUCUCCUGUAGGGAGAGCUUUGGCUUCAUUUUACUAAAAAGAUUCCUCAUUAUUGUUGUUGCCAAAGAGAAACAAAAAUGAUUUUGCUUUCCAAGCUUGGUUUGUGGCUUCUCCCUUGCAGAGCCCUUCUCCUUUCUUUUUUAAAACUAAUCACCAUAUUGUAAAUUUCAGGGGUUUUUUUUGGUUUAAGCUGACUCUUUGCUCUAAUUUUAGAAAAAAAGACAUGUGAAGGGUGAACUCCAACGUAUGUGGUUAUCUGUGAAAGUUGCAGUGUGGCUUUUCCUAAACUGGUGUUUCCCCCCCGCAUUCAGUGGAUUUUGUAUUAUUAUUCAAAAACAUAACUGAGGUUUUUAUAAGAAAAAAUUUAUAUCUGGGUUAAGUGUUUAUCAUAUAUAUGGGUACUUUGUAAUAUCUAAAAACUUAGAAACGGAAAUGGAAUCCUGCUCACAAAAUCACUUUAAGAUCUUUUUGAAGCUGUUAAUUUUAUUUUUCUUGGUGUUGUGGACACUGCAGACUUACCCAGUGCUCCCACAGCCUGUAUGGACACUGUGGAAGGCCUCUCUCUGUCGGCAUUUUGCCAUCUGUGAUAUGCCAUAGGUGUGACAAUCCGAGCAGUGGAGUCACUCAGUGGGAGCACUGCAUGCUAUCUCCUCACGUUCUCUAUGUACUAUGUAUGUAUGUAUGUAUUAUUGCUGCCAAGAGGGUCUGAUGGCACAUUGUGGGGCCGCGGGGUGAGGAAGUGCUCUAACUCUUCUUAAGGUUUUGUUGCUAGCCCUUCAAGUGCACUGAGGUAUGUGACUCGGAUGGUCUUUCACACGGCACAUUUGGACAUUUCCAGAACUACCGUGAGAUGGUUUAGAUGGGAAUUCAUGCAAGCGAGGGGUCAGACAUGGGGUAAUGACUCGGUCCACGUCCUCCAAGCUCAUGACCUUGGAGCCCCGUGGAGCUGGACUGAGGAGGAGGCUGCACAGAGGGAGAGCAGCUGGUCCUCACCAGCCCUGCAGCGCCCCCUCACCCAGCAGCCAGAUGGCCCUGCAAGGCCUCCAGGGAUGGCCACAGGCCCUGGCUGAGGUCUCUGGGUAGGGUAGUCACAUGAAUAGGUAGGAAGCACUGAAAAUAGUAUUCCCGGAGCACUUUACAACUUACUGGGUAGGAGGGAUGACACCUCUGGUUUUUCAAUACCAACUACAUGGAACUUUUCUGUAAUGGGUACAAUGAAGAAGUUUCUAAAAACACACACAAAGCACAUUGGGCCAACUAUGUGGUAAGCCUAAGAUGGACUUAUUGCCAAAAAACAAAAAGUAGCUUUUCAAAAUAAAUUUAAGGUAUAUGAGCAAUUCCUUAGUCAUGGUGUUGCCUAAAUCAUAUUUUAGCUGCAGAGCGUUACCCCACACAGGGUGGCAGAACUUGAAGGGUUACUGACAUGUAAAUGCUGGUAUUUAAUUUCCUGUGUGUGUCGCCCAGCAUUAAGGGCAUUUUACCCUUGCAGUUUUACUAAAACACUCUGAAAAAGAUUCCAAGCUUCAUAUUAACCUUACCUGUCAACAUAACAAUUUCAUGAACAUUAUUAUAUUGUCGAAUUCCUACUGACAACAUUAUAAUUGUAUGGGAGCUUAACUUUAUAAGGAAAUGUAUUUUGACACUGGUAUCUUAUUAAAGUAUUCUGAUCCUA